CCGCGGUUCUGUGUGCCCGUAGCACGUCCCGAGAUGGCGGAUGAGAACGAGGAGCUGCAGGCGGACGAGGAGCUCCCGGCUCCGCCCGAGGACGGCUUCGAGCAGCUGGAGAACGACAGCCCCGCCGAGCGCAGCGGGCAUGUGGCCGUCACCGACGGGCGCUGCAUGUACGUCUGGGGAGGAUACAAGAAUGCCCAAGUUCGGGGAUUUUAUGACUUCUACCUGCCUAGGGAUGAGAUAUGGAUCUACAACAUGGAAACUGGAAGAUGGAAGAAGAGCAAAACAGAGGGAGAUGUUCCCCCCUCCAUGUCUGGGAGCUGUGCCGUGUGUGUGGACAGAGUGGUGUAUCUCUUUGGAGGGCACCACGCACGGGGCAACACAAACAAGUUCUACAUGUUGAAUUCCAGAUCCACGGACAAGGUGCUGCAGUGGGUGCGAGUGGAGUGUGAGGGGGUGCCCCCCUCGUCCAAGGACAAGCUCGGGGUGUGGGUCUACAGGAACAAGCUGAUAUUUUUUGGAGGUUAUGGCUAUUUUCCUGAAGGGAAACAACGGGGAACGUUUGAAUUCGAUGAGACCUCUUUUUGGAAUUCAGGUCUUCCUAGAGGGUGGAACGACCAUGUGCAUGUUCUGGACCUUGAAACUUUCACUUGGAGCCAGCCCAUAACUACGGGUAAAACCCCGUCCCCUCGAGCCGCUCACGCCUGUGCCACGGUUGGGAACAGGGGUUACGUGUUCGGAGGCAGAUACAGGGAGUCCAGGAUGAACGACUUUUACUACCUGGACCUGGACACUUGGGAGUGGAACGAAAUACUCACACAAGGCAUCUGCCCAGUCGGCCGGUCGUGGCAUUCCUUAACACCGAUUUCCUCGGAUCACCUCUUCCUCUUUGGAGGAUUCACCACAGACAAGCAGCCACUGAGUGAUGCUUGGAUUUAUUGUAUCAGCAAGAACGAGUGGAUACAGUUUGAGCAUAACUAUUCCGAAAAACCAAGGCUGUGGCACACGGCCUGUGCCAGCGAGGAGGGAGAAGUGAUUGUGUUUGGGGGCUGUGCCAACAACCUGCUCGCCCACUCCAAAGCUGCUCACAGUAACGAAAUUCUUGUGUUCUCCCUACAACCAAGAUCUCUUGUAAGGCUGUGCCUCGAAGCAGUGAUUUGCUUCAAGGAGAUGCUGGCCAGUUCCUGGAAUUGCCUCCCCAAGCACUUGCUGCACAGUGUCAACCAGCGCUUCGGAAGCAACAACACCUCUGGCUCCUGAGCCCUGGGGCAGCCCCGGGGGGAACGGUCUGAACAUUAAAGGUGUGUAGGUUAAACCUCUGUGUCGUACUAGGUAGUCGCUUCUCGCCUUUACGUUGCAUGUGAAUGGCCUAGAGAGAACCUAUUUUUGUGUCAAGAUGUUUGCAAUAAAUGUAUUUAAUGCAAGUGGA